GUGUGGAGAGAGAGAGAGAGGUUGAGUGUGCAAGCUAGAGAGAUUGUGUGGAGAGGGAGGGAGGGAGGGCGGGAGGGAAGUGUAAGCCAGUCGCAGCAUCUCUCCUCACUGCACCAGGGCUGAGGGACUCUUCGUCCCUUUGCUUCCCUCACUGCAGAUUUAACUCAUUUCCAUCAGCGCAGUCAUCUUUUUUUCUUGCUUUUUACUUGCAGCUUUUGAUAGAUGCAUUGCAUUCAUCUGUUUCUGUACUCCUGCAUCUAAGGAUUUAUUUAUGAAAAAUGUGGGUUGUCCUGUUGACUGGAAUUAAAAGGGGGACGUUUGCAGAGGACAGUGCAUGAAACUGGGACUCCGACUGGGACUUGGUCUUUUCUUUAUGCUGCUCGAGUGGAUUCUCUUUUGUUGCGCUGCCAGGGUUUUGUUUCGGGCGACAGACAUACUAAGAGAGGAGUUGUACGACCUCAUACCUCUACAAAUAAACAGAGCGCAUACUUCAAAGGACUAAAGCAAGUUAAAAUUCUAUGGUUGCAUUCAGCAUUUGAGGAGAAGGUGCUAAUGCUUCAGGAUGUCACAACCAAAAUGCAAGUAACGCAUUUAUGGGUUAAAUAGGUGGAUUGGCGAUUGAUCCCCAGACCCCACUUUGCAAGUGUCUGCCCCAGGAUUGCUGAGGAGUCUAAGAGGAGCACUGAGCUACUCAGCUGGCCUCGCAUUGCUCCAGGAGAGUCCUUCCACCUGCCUGCAUCGGAUUCUUAGAUUCAACACUUUCAUCAGCUACUGGACUUUUACAUUUCUUUUUUGCGACUUGCAGUCCAGAACACUGAGAGGCAAGUUAGCACAUUUGGAUUUAAACUUUAAAUUGCUUUAACAGCAAAACUCGGUCUGUAAUUUAGACGUGCUAUAUCUUUCUCUCUUUUUUUAAGUCAUUCUGCCUGGGAUGGCUUGUAAACAUGUUUUUUUCCCCCAGUGCCGUGUGCUGAGAGAGCUAUGACAUUAUCUCCUGCGGAGAUCCCCAUGUUGUUCUAGCCUGUGUCUGUGUUUUGAUUCAGACAAUAGCUGGGCAUGCAUGGGCUCCAGACACUGACCAGAGGACCACUUCAAUAAGGAAAGCCUGCUGUUACAUUGUAAACACAAGCACCCAUUGAACAGUACAACUUUGGAUUGGAUUGAAGGGUUUCACAGAGAUGGAUGUAAUUUUCUUUUCCAGACUUUGGUACUCACUAAGAGAGACUAUUAAGAAACUUUUUUUCCCCUCAGCAAUGGUUGCCUAAAAUUUAUUUUCUGAAUAUCAACUGCACUCAGUCAAUUUCAUCUGAUUUCUAAAAGUGAAAUAGGAGCCAUAUGCAGCUUACUUAUCUGAUCUCCUGAGGAUUUUGUCAACAGCAGAGAGCAUUGUGCUUUGCUUCACGCUUUAACCUCUUCGUAUGGUGUCCUCCCUCGCAUCUUCUGUGGUCUCUAACCUUGUGCGGGCAGCUUAUGCCCUCGGCCCCAGCCUCCCUGUGGCAACUCUCAUUAGGAUCAAGAGAUGAUGCCACAGACUGGUAGGCAAAGCAGCUGGGAAACCCGCCUUUGGAAUAGAUUCUGGCCACAGCAGUAAUGCUACCCUCCUACCCUGGUUUACUGAAGGAAUACAGUUUUUUUUUAACUCUACUACUGACUGUUACCCACCCACUACUUUCACUAACCAUGAGUGAUUGGAAAAGGAGAGCUAAAUGGGUUGUGUUACCCUCCCAGAGGCUGUAUUGAUUUUUCUCCAGACAGUGUUUAUUUGAUUGAGACCCAGCUAUGUGAGAGUAAGGUGAACAAGAGAGUGAGUGUGUUAGAGAGAGUAUUGAGCUCCGUUAACUGAAGAAGGCUGCAGACACCCGGUGUGGAGCGGGUCGGGGGCAGGCAGUUCUCCAAUUUCAGGCCAGCUGCCUUAUGGGUGACACACCACAAACUUGACCUACCUGGAUAGCACCCAGAACAAUGAACCAGUCUGAACUGAUAACGGGCACAGUGCUCACUGCCAACAGCAGUGAUGGAAACUUCUUACCUGGCAGUUCUGCCAACCACUCUUGUCCCUUGGGCUGGGGGCUGAACGAAGGCCUGGAGGCUUGCGUCCUGGAGACUGCUGUCAUUGUACUUCUGACAGUGCUCAUUAUUGCAGGGAAUCUGACGGUGAUCUUUGUGUUCCACUGUGCCCCUCUGCUACACCACUACACCACCAGCUACUUUAUCCAGACCAUGGCAUAUGCUGACCUGCUGGUGGGUCUUAGCUGCCUGGUGCCCACCCUGUCUCUGCUUCACUACCCAGCAGGUGUCCAAGAACCCAUCACAUGCCAGGUCUUCAGCUAUGUCAUCUCUGUUCUGAAGAGUGUUUCAAUGGCCUGCUUGGCUUGUAUCAGUGUGGACCGCUACCUGGCCAUAACUAAACCACUGUCUUACAACCAGCUGGUGACGCCAUGCCGGCUUCGAGGGUGUAUUACCCUAAUCUGGGUCUACUCUAGCCUGGUUUUCUUGCCCUCCUUCUUUGGGUGGGGUAAGCCAGGCUAUCAUGGGGACAUUUUUGAGUGGUGUGCUCACUCAUGGCCCACCUCUGCCCUCUUUACAGGAUUUGUGGUGUGUAUGCUCUAUGCGCCUGCCGCACUUGUGGUGUGUUUUACCUAUUACCAUAUCUUUCGCAUUUGCCAGCAGCACAAUAGGGAGAUCAGUGAACGGCGGGCACGUUUCCCCAGCCAGGAGAUGGAGGCUGGUGAGGGGAGUGGUGGUGGGCAUAAUGGAGGGCAUGGACCAGAUCGCCGCUAUGCGAUGGUGCUGUUUCGCAUCACCAGCGUUUUCUACAUGCUUUGGCUGCCCUACAUAAUCUACUUCCUGCUAGAGAGCUCUCAUGUGCUUGAUAACCCUGCCCUCUCCUUCAUCACCACCUGGCUGGCCAUAAGCAACAGCUUUUGCAACUGUGUCAUCUACAGCCUGUCUAAUAGUGUGUUCCGCCUGGGCAUGCGUAGGCUCUCACAGACAAUUUGCUCCUUUAGCCACUGCGGGGCCGAUGACGGGGACUUUGGGGAGCCUAAACCAAGGAAGAGGGCAAACUCAUGCUCCAUCUGAUGGGAUGACUUUACUGCUGGGAUCAACAAAUGGGAAACAUGAAUCUUAACAAGCCUAGCAGCUUGUUCACUUUAAAUAAAAUUGGCACAGCUUAAGCAAGCUGAAAACAAUUUCUGUUGCAUCGGCCUGUCAGCUGACACCAAUGUCAUCGCGUUGGUCACAAUAUACCAUAAUUUAUUGCAUUACAAGCUUUUUUGUGCAGUGUCUAAACAGAGAUGUAAUGAUAUGGACACUCUGUGAUGGUUUUUAUUCUGUGGUAUGUGACAUGGCUUUGGAUCAUAUAGAAAGUAGUCUUGCCAUAGCUUUCUUAGCCUUUACAUCUUACUGUAUGUCAUCAGCCAGUUUAUCUGUGUUUCCUACCAGCCAGGCUCAGACA